AGACGGCGAGGUUGGUGGUGGUGGUUGUACCUUUACAGGAGAACAUGGAUUCUCAGAAGGAUGUUCAGCCUCCAAAGCAGCAGCCAAUGAUUUACAUUUGUGGAGAAUGUCAUACAGAAAAUGAAAUAAAGGCAAGAGAUCCUAUCAGAUGCAGAGAAUGUGGCUACAGAAUAAUGUACAAGAAAAGGACAAAAAGAUUGGUGGUUUUUGAUGCCCGAUGAUGUCUGCUGAACUUCAUGAUGCAGUUUAAUCUUUCUGAUGACUUUGCUUUGUAAAUCCAUUUAUGUACAAAUGCACACUCUUAUUUGUUUUAAGAGAUUAAUAUUAAAUUUUACUGUGAUACUAAACUUUGUCUAUGUUGUCUUCAAGCAAA